UCCGAGGACAGACUCCGCCCCAGCCCCUUGAUCCCCUGCCUUUCUCACCCCAGCUUCGGAGCCCGGUUGCCAACCUCAGAUCCUCACAGCCCCCACUGAUAGAACCACAGACAUCUCACAGGAACCCUACAGAGACUCUUACAAACCCAGACACCUACAGACGUCCCCACAGAUGUCCGCAGACUAUCCACACACUCUCACAGAGAUCCCGCAAACCCCUUUAAAAGAAGUGAACCCUCUAGGCUCGUCCCCUCCGGGUCCAGCGCAGCCUCCUCUGGAGACCAGUGCUGUUGCCACGGAGACUCCUGGGCGUUCCGGUUGCCCUGGUGACGGAUCCCUCCACUCCCGGCCGGGGUUCCAGAGGUUUCAGUCAAGCUCCUCCCUCAUCGGCCCCGGAACCCCUCAUCCCUCCCCGUCCCAUCCUCCCCCAGAUCUGGCCAGAGUUCCUUUGCAAAUUUCUGCAGGUGUCCAACUUCCCUCCCUAAGUGGUAGACUUAAAGGCAAGGCUUCUCAUUACAUAGCAGCUGCAAGGCGGGUCUCAUCCAAGAGCUAUCCACCCCUCGCUAACAUUUCCCCUUCCCAGCUUAAGACGAGAUUGUGACCUAAGGAAGGACUUGUAACAGCCAAGCCAAAGCCCAGAGAUGGAAGCAGACAAGGUCACAGAAGAGCCUCAUAGCACCAUGGAUACAGAGGAGCACCGCUCUUCAAAGGACCGCUCUGCCGAAGAAUCACAGGAGCCCCUUAUCCCUGAAACACCCUUUGAGCCUUCCAUCUCUGAGACUCCCUUAGAGCCCCACACCUCUGAAUCUUAUAUGGUGCCACCUGCUUCCCAGGCCCUUUUAGAGACCCAUGCCUCUGAAACCUCUUUGAAACCUUCCAUCUCUCAGACCCCUUUAGAGGCCCACACCUCUGAAUCUCAUAUGAUUCCAUCCACUUCCCAGGCCCCUGUAGAGACCCACACCUCCAAAACCUCUUUGAAAACUUCCAUCUCCGAGACCCCUUUAGAAGUCCACACUUCUGAAUCGCCUAUGGUUCCAUCCACUUCCCAGGCCCCUUUAGAGACCUAUACCUCUGAAACCCUUUUGGAGCCCUCUAUCUCUGAGACCCCUGUAGGAUACUCUGAGAACCCUUUGGAAACCCCUAUGCCUGAGACCCUGUUGGAGACUCUCAUCUUUAAGGACCCAGAGAAACGUGUUUUUUCUCAUACCUCAUCACAAGACCAUGUUCCUGUAUCUUCCCCUGAUACUCUGGAGGAAGACCUCUUUAAGUAUUCUCCCAAUGAGGUCUUGUGGAGAAGGAAGUCCAGCCAGAUCUCUGAGUAUGAGAGCCUUCAAAAGCAAUCCCUUUCAAGCCCUUCAGCCCCAGUCCACCUGGACACAUCUGCAAAGGAAGAGGAAGAGGAAGGAGAGGACAAGAAGCAGGUGGAGGCCACUGACAGCAGUGCACACACAGCUCAGCCAGGACAACAGCCGGGCAAGAAGAAGGCGAAGAAAGGAUUUAGCCAUUACACAGCCCACCCAGUGGUCCCUGCCAAGCAAACAGAGCUGGUGGAAGUGGCUAAGGCAAGGCCCAGAGAGAAGUUCGGUGCUCAGAUGAACUAUCUUUUCCAAUGGGAGAAGAAUGCAGCCCUGAGUGCCAUCCAGACAGGUCUCUACAUUGGCUGGCGCUGCCCCCAUUAUCUAUGGGACUGUUUCCGAAUUGGAGAUGAGUCCAAAUGCUUUUGUGGACACUUGCUGAAAGAGCACCAGAUCAUCUCAGACAUAUCCGUGCCCUGCAAUGUGGGCCAAUGUCGCUGCCUCAUGUUCUGCUUUAUCCCAUCACGCCCAGAGGAGGUGGGUGAGUUCUGGCUCAAAAGACGAGCUACCUUUGACCCCAAGGCCUGGAGGGCCCAAUGUCGCUGCAAACACAGCCAUGAAGAGCACACAGCUACUGGGUCCCAUCCCUGCAGGGUGAAAGGCUGUUGCUGCAAUUGCUUUGAGUCUAAUUUCCUCUGUGCGGCCUGUGACCGUCGCUGGGAGGAACACGAGACUUUCUUUGAGACUGAGGAGACCCGGCGACGAGGAGGGAGGCCUCAUGGCACAGACACUAUCAACAACUGGCGCAGGCCUCUUUGAACCUGGCUCAAAUCAUCAAUAAAAGGGAAGCCACUGGAAUCUGGCCUGGUUCUGUAUGGGGCACAUAGAUCCUAGGAUCUUAGAGUUGGCACCUAAUGCAGGCAAGAGAGAGGACCACAAAGGAGACAGGCUGGAUCAAGCCACCUGCUUCCACCAAAACCACAUUUGAGCUGCUAGUUCUGGCAUCAGAAGGACAAAGUGCCUUCAAGGAAGCCAAGGAGGGAGGGGUUUUUUGGAAGAAUAGAGUGAACACUGGUGUUGGAUGCAGUUGGAGAUGCCAGUAAUAAAGACUGAAAAUGUCCACUGGAUUUUACAAUUAGAUCUUUGGGCACUUCAGAUAUUGUAGUUUCAGUGAUGCAGUGGGGGCAGAAACCAAACCCAGUAAGUCUGAAAGAGUUUCUUUAGGAAGCUUGGAUGAAAAGAGCAGGAGAGAAGUCAGACAAUAUCCAGAGAGAGAUGUGGAGUCAAGAAGCAAUUUUUAGGAGGGAAAAAGGGGAGGAACCAGUAAAGGAAGAUCUUGAAGGAUACAGAAGAGAGAAAGAGAUGCCUGGUGAGACAUCCCAGAGAUGGAGAUCAGGGCAGAGGUGAAGGGAUUUGCUCUAGACAGGAGAACCACCACCUCCUAAGACCAAGAGAAAAGAAGAAGGAAAAUGAUGGGCCUUCACUGAGCUGCAGGAAGCAGGAUCUUGUGGAAGUAGGAGACAAGGUCAGUUGCUGGUCAUGAAGGCAAGGGGUAGGAAUGGAGAGUAGGAGAGAGGAGAUUUGGGUAGGCUGAUGUGGGGAAUCACAGAAAAUCCUAAUCAGUGGGUAGUUGAGGAUUCAGGUACAGCCGGAAGCAGGAACCUAAAGAGGAAGAGAAACACAAUAGUUAGAUUGAGUUAGAUUGAUAGUUGAUGAUGGGAGGGUGUCAGGAAGGAUGAUCAGGAAAAUAAAGCAAAAAGAAGGGUUGGGAAUGUGGGGAGAACUGACCACACAAACGGAGAGAAAGUAAAGCCAGGAAGCAACUGACAAACUGAAAAAAAAGAACAAAGGAACAGAAGUCUCUAAUGAGGUCCAGUAGCUGAUGUAGUGGUGGGGAUCAGUACAGGAGACAUUCGUCAGAACCUACAGAGAGCUGCAGCUCUUAUAUGAGAGCAUCUGCCAGGGAUCACAAAGAAUGGAGUAAAGAACUGUGGGCAAGGGGCCAAAACCAGUGACUGUGGCCAAAAUCAGUGAAUCAUAGUUAUUUUUACAAGGAGUAGGAGAUUCUGGCUCUAAUGGGCUCUGUGAUCCUAGGCAAGCCCUCUCUGGGCCUCAGUUUCUGGCUCUGUAAAAGAAUAAUCGCGGGGCACCUGGGUGGCUCAGUGGGUUAAGCCUCUGCCUUAGGCUCAGGUCAUGAUCUCAGGGUCUUGGGAUUGAGCCCCACAUCGGGCUCUUUGCUCAGUGAGGAGCCUGCUUCCCCCUCUCUCUCUGCCUGCCUCUCUGC